AGCGCUUCUCUCGGAGUCAAACAGCAGCAGCAGCGCGAGCUCAGAAGCAGCGACACAGACAGCAGAGGAGGACGCGCGUGCGCUGCUUCUAGAUGACAGACCUAACGUAAACAUACCUUUCCUGCCUCUUUAUCAUCGUAACACAGUCUUUCUUUCUCUCGGGAAGUCUGGAGAAGAAGAAUGACUGACAAAGGAAUGCUCAUCUCACCGUCGGCUCUCCAGGAUGCCGCGGAUGGAGCGAAACCUGAAGACAUUAGUAUGGAUUGUACGGAAAUGAAAAACAAACCUUGUCCGUAAGAGAUUUUAACUCUGUACAGUCAGCCGAUCAAUGAGGAGCAAGCCUGGGCCGUGUGUUAUCAGUGUUGCAGGUGGUUGACUCAAAAACAGAGACGGAAAGAGACAGGAGGGAGUCCACCUGGACGGAUUGCGGGUCCUGGAGAUGUGAGGAUCCGGAAGGACGGGACUGUGAAAUUACACCAACAGAGCAGUCCAGAUAAACACAUCCCGCCCAGUUCAUCAAUAGAGAUCAUAGAGUCUCUGGGUAUAAUGAUCUACAAGGCUUUGGAUUACGGCCUGAAGGAGCAUGAGGAGAGAGAGCUCAGCCCUCCUCUGGAGCAGCUCAUCGACCUCAUGACCAACAUGGCAGACACAGAAACAGACUGUCCUGAUGAGGGAUAUGAGGCAACGGAGGAAGAGGAUGAGGGAGAGGAAGAACCCACAGAAGUCUCCAACAUCCGGGGCUAUCGUGACAUCAUUUCCCUGUGCACAUCUCACCUUCCCAGCUCAUCAGAUGCUCCCAACCACUACCAGGCCGUAUGUCGAGCCCUGUACGCAGAGACCAAGGAGCUACGCACCUUCCUGGAGAAGAUCAAGAGUGCCAAAGAGAAUUUGCAGAGGAUGGAAGGAGAAACAGAGGAGCCCGUCAGAGACCUGAAUGAGCUGGAGAAUGCUGACUGGGCACGGUUUUGGGUGCAGGUGAUGAGGGCUCUGAGACACGGUGUGAAGCUGAAGAAGGUCCAGGAGCGUCAGUAUAACCCUCUACCCAUCGAGUUCCAGCUCACGCCUUAUGAGAUGCUCAUGGACGACAUCCGCUCCAAACGCUAUAAACUUCGCAAAGUCAUGGUCAAUGGUGACAUUCCUCCGAGGUUAAAGAAGAGCGCUCACGAGAUCAUACUAGAGUUCAUUCGCUCCAGACCUCCACUGAAUCCCGUUUCUGCUCGAAAGCUAAAGCCUCAUCCUCCAAGACCUCCCAGUCUUCAUGAACGUAUCCUGGAAGAGAUCCGGUCGGAGAGAAAGCUCAGGCCCGUCUCACCUGAUAUGAUCCGUAGGAGUCGACUUGUAAUGCGCCCACUUAGCACUUCUGUCAGUUUUGACUCAUCAGGCGCAGGCAAAAGUAUGAGCACCCCACAGGACUUGUUCCGAAGCUCAGACAUCCCUGACGGACACCGAAAGUUGGCCAUCAGCACACUGUCCCUGGCCAAUGGAACGUCGCCAGCUCGGAGCCCCGUAAACGGUGUAGCCGGAGGUCAGCCGCUGUCCCAGAGAAAGAGGUUGCUCAAAGCGCCUACGCUGGCCGAGCUUAAUAGCUCCGACUCGGAUGAUGAACAAAACACUCAGAAGUCUGACAGCAGCUCCAGCGUAUCCACCUCACUGGUUGAGGACAUGUCUCCAGAGUCUGUCAAGGCCAAAAAAACUCCUCCGCAGUUCCUGCCCAUAUCUUCCACCCCUCAACCAGACAAACGCUUCGCUCCACAGAGGAGGCACUCCAUAGAGAAAGAAGAUCCCACCAGCGUACGGCCUUUCCUGCCUCCGUCUCGCCAGAACUCCAGAUCUCUGCUCUCUUCGGACAACAAGGCUCACGCACUAGGCAGCGGUCGUGCGGAGGAGUUCUGCUACCCCGUCGAGUGCCUGACUUUGACCGUAGAGGAGGUGAUGCAUAUCAGACAGGUUCUUGUUAAAGCAGAGCUGGAGAAGUUCCAGCAGUAUAAAGACGUCUAUAAUGCGCUGAAGAAAGGAAAGCUUUGCUUCUCAUGUCGGACGAAGAAGUUCUCGCUCUUCACCUGGUCCUACACCUGCCAGUUCUGUAAGAGACCUGUUUGUUCACAGUGCUGUAAGAAGAUAAAGUUGCCCUCCAAGCCCCAUGCCAGCCUGCCCAUCUCCUCUCUGGGCCCCAGCAUCUUGCCCAAAAAGGAGUGUGCAGCGUCAGCCACGACAGAGAAGCCCUCCUCCACAUCCAGUCACAAGCAUCACAGCCUUCAGCGCACAAUGUCCAGAUCAUCAAAGCAUGCAGAGCGCUCGUCGUCCAAAGACGAGCUGGAGCUGCCGGAGCAGUUCACAGAGGACUGGAGCACCAUGGAGGUCUGCGUGGACUGCAAGAAGUUCAUCAACGACAUUAUCAGCAACAGCAGGCGCAACCUGUCCACCAAACGUGCCCGUCCGCACCGCAGGACCCACUCCGUCUACAUGUCCAACACCAGUUCUUCCAACUACAAACCCUCAGAACGAACUAUCAAAGAGGUUUAGGAUCCGAAGUGUUUGGAACGGUCACGGUGUGCUCCUAUUAAAACGCUCCCGUUGAGACUGUUCUCACCUGUCGCACAGGUGCCAGGCGGUAAUGUGCUUAUGUUACAUACUGUAUGAAAAAUAUGCCCACUUUUGUUAGCUUUGUAACGUUCCUUCAAUACCACUUCUUUUCCAUUUAAAAAGUGCCAGAGGUGAAGGAAUAAAGUCGUCCCUCUUCCAGCAUGAGUCCUUAAGCACCAGCCUUCUCAGGAAAAGCUUUGGAAUGUAGUUUAACACUUUACUUUGACCAGCUUACCCAGAAUGAAAUGACUGUGUGAAAAAAGAUAUGGCGAGGCUGCUUUGAUAACUAAAAGGCACAAUGCCUGAAUGUACAUUUUUCAAUGGAGCUCAAUCGUAUGUAAAUAGUUGCUGAAUGCUCAGCCUAAAUGUAAAUAGACAUCCAAACUGACUUAUUUUCCCCUUUUUUGAAGUACUAGUCGAUUGCUGUAAGACCAAGAGACUGUAGUUUAUUCAGCCUCCGCAACAAUUCAAGAUCAUGUCUUACCAAAUGUUUUUUCUUAUUGUUUGUUAAAAUUGCUGCUGUGAUUGCAACACCCAA